UUAAGCGUUUUUUUAAUCAGAUUAAUUUUAUUGAAUUUCAAUUUAAAUGCCCUUCCAAUAUUGUUUUGUGUUUUGAGAUAAUUUGGGUGUUCUCAUCAGCGUUACUUUGAGUUCAUUUCAUUCGAAAUAGAGAUCAACCCAAUCUCAUGAAAUCGACUCUGAAAAGUGACAACAGAAAAUUAAUAAUAACAAACAUUUAAUUUCUUUGCCAUGGAUCUUCACCAGGAAACAUUGACACCAAAUCGAAGAGUAUCACUUAUUAGUUCUGUUUUUGUUCCGACUUCAAAUGUUUCUACAAAUUCACCAUCAACAUCAGAUAAUCAAUUAUCUUUUAUUUCUAAAGCCCAGCCUGGUAUUGGCCUCUCUUCGUCAUCACUGUCUACACCCGUUUCUCCAAUGGCGCUCGAUAGCGCAAAACCAACUGAUUCUCAAUCAUCUUCAACGUUAAUUGUCGAUCCUGGUUUACAGUUACAGUGUGACAAGUGUGAACACUUGCUCGAAUCAAAUAAGAGUCUCCUCAACAAGUUAAGUGAAUUGGAAAGUAAACAUGACGAUGAGAUAAAAGAAAUGAGAGACAAGAUAGAAAAAGAAUUUGACCAAAAGCUAUUGGAACAUCGAGCUAAUCUGGAAACUGUUACAAAAGAAGAGGAAUUAAGAAUGAAACUUGUAAAAUCCAAUGAAGAGAAUAUCUCGUUGAAACAAGAGAAUAUAAAACUUCUCAAAAACUACACAAUACAAGUCAAAAUACAAAUCGACAAGUACAAUGAUCUGAAGGAGUUAUACGACAAAAAGAUGGAAACAGCACCAAUCACCGAUUUGGAAACCCUGAAGAUCGUUCACAACAAGCAGAUGAAGGAAUUGGAAGAAAAAUUAAAAAAAGAAUAUGAAAAAAAGCUAUUGGACCAACGAGUUGGUUUGGAGAAAAAGGCAAAAUCUAAAUUGGACCAACUAAGAAAAGAAUUGACGAAAUUUUUGGAUAUUUCCAUAGACACCAAAGCACAACCAGAAAAGGAAAUUGACAAAGAUGAAGAGGUGAUGAUUAUCAAUGAAAGUUUCGCAUCGCAAUCAAACAAAAAGAAGAAAAAAAACAAUCCUACUGUUCCUGAUUGUGAACCCGCUCAGAAGAAACAAAAAUCAUCGAUUCCAUCUAUUCAAUCUUACACUUCUACCGAUGGGCCAAGAGGAAGUUUACCAUCAAUUGGAAGAGAAUUGGUUGUAUCAAAUGAUAAACUUGGUUACACCGAAAUACCCGAAAACCAUUCUGCAGUUAGAAUCUGUUCAAUAUGUCGAUGGGUGGAAAAAAUCUGCUAUUCCAAUUAUGCAAAGCAUUUCCUUGACAAUCAUAGUUCAGUUUUCUCAGGGAAAAUGUCCUCCUUAUUCAAAGAGCUCAUUCUGGAUGAAGAAAUUUUCUUUUCAUUGAAAAACGAAUACGAAAGAAAUCAAAUUUCUGAUGAGCUGAUCAACCUUAACUGCUACAGAAUAUCAAAAGGCUCCCUGAUUGUUAGACUCUGUUCAAUUUGCAAAUAUGUAGAACUUGCUAGAAAAACAUCACAAUCAGUACAUUUAAAAGAACACCAAGAUGAAUUAGAUAUAGCAGGAACUGUAGAUUCAAUUUAUGAAAUAGUAGUGAUGAAGGAAAGUAAGUAUCAACAGUUGAAAUCCAAAAGAAAACGGAAAUAUUAAUUUCGAGGAGAAAUAACAGUCCAGUUCGCGAACUGCAUUCUCGUAAUAACGAUGGUUUUUUCGUGACAUUUGUUCAAUUGCCCAAUUGAUGUGCCAACCAGUUCAGACAGAAUAUUUGAAGUUGUAAUUUAAAUAACACUGAUCGACCAUCUUCCUUUGGUGUGUUUAUAUUUGACUGAUAAAGAAUUGAAGAGUAAUAACUUGUGUAGAGAGCAAAAUGUUUAAAACAAUCAAAUUGAUCCUAAUGACGGGAAAAAGUUACAACCAAUUCUCAUCGAUCUAUUUGAGUCAAUAAAUCAACCGGAAUCAUUUUAAUGGGUAUAAAAGGAUCUCCUUGGACAGAGCUGAGGAAAAUAAAAGUGAAUUUAUUAUCUAAAGUUUCAUACAUUUUGUUUUAUCAACUAAUUAAAUAGACUAAUUAAAAGAUAGCAACAUUAAAUUGAAAAACGAUUGUCAAUUUACUUGCGAUUGGUCGUCUAUAUUUGUCUCUUUCUUUGUCAAAUAUUUUUCUUGCGACAAAACAUCGAUAUCGAAGGAAUUGAUUGAGAGCCGAUUAUUAGGAUAUCUUUAAAUAGGCCAGCAUUUAAGCGUUUAAUUAGAUUAAUUUUAUUGAAUUUAAACUUCGAAUAUCAUUUUAAUUUUGUUCUUAAUAAUAACAAACAUUUACCUUUUUUACCAUGGAUCUUCACCAGGAAUCAACACCGUUUCUUUCAUCACUCAAACAGGAAAAAUUGUCACCAAAUCGACGAGUGACGCUUGUUAACUAUUCCAUUGUUCCGACUUCAAAUGCUUCUACAAAUUCAAUACAAAUAUCACCAGGUAAUAAACUUUCUCGACUUUACUGGAUUAUCUACCUGUUUUUAGAUUUAAGUUUGAUAAUCAACGUUAGAGUGAGAGUUAUUUCUGUUAAGUUCUAUAUUUCUUAUUAAAAACUAUUGAUCGACAAUAACAAUAAAGUAAUUGAUUAAAAUGUUUGUAGAAAACCACCUGAU